AUGUGGACGACAAUGCGUCGCGGGUCAGCCUGGCUGCGCUGCGCCGAGGGGCGGGGACCCUGGCCGAGGGGCCGAGCGGCGCGUGCGCACAAGGGCGCCGCGGGAAGUUGGACAUCGGCAGGUCGGGCAGCUGGUCUGGGGGACCGCCGGGGCAUGGGCUCGGCGACAGUCCUGGCGCGGCGGCUGCAGGCGGCGCUGCGGAAGGAGGAGUUGCGGACAGUGGAGGAGCUGCUGCGCCGUGGUGCUGACCCCAACCUGGUGCUUGAGGAUGGCGCGGCGGCCAUGCACCUGGCGGCCAGAGCCCAGCGCCCGCGGAGUCUGUGUUGCCUCGAGGCCCUGCUGCGCCGAGGCGGGGACCCCAACACUCGAUCGGCCGAGGCGCUGACGCCGCUGCACGUGGCCGCUGCCUGGGGCUGUCGCCGCGGCCUGGAGCUGCUGCUGAGCCAGGGAGCGGACCCCGCGCUGCGCGACCAGGACGGACUCCGGCCUGUGGACCUGGCCGAGCAGCAGGGGCACCAGAACUGUGUGCGUGUCCUUCGGGAGCUGGAGGCUCGGACCAGGACCCCAACACGGACCCGGGCAGACCCCCAGGAGCCAGAGCCCGAGCCCAAGCCUGGCAGUGAGUGCCCCUCUGGACCUCCCAGUGUGACACUGGACUCCACAACACUGGGCAGAGGUGAUGACAAGGACAUGAGCCUGGAGGCUGGCCCUGGACCCCCCAGCCUCCUUGCCCACCCUGAGAUUGCUGGCACAGAUGGCAGCUUGGAGUCCCCCCUAGGAUGCUGGGACUGCAACUCAGUUGCCUCCUUUGUCACCGCAGUUGAGGCCUCUGGAGCUGAGGACCCAACUGCCCACAUGUCCCCCUGGGCUGGUGUCCGACCGUCCCAGAGGGUGCCAAGAUCUUCAGGUACCCCACAGCAGGAACAUCGAGCCCUCGUGGAGGACAGGGAGGCAGAACUAAAUGCCCGUCUGCAGGCCCUGACUCUGACCUUGCCAGAUGCCUCCCCCUCCCCCAAGUUCUACCCAGAGAGGAGCCCAGCCCAUAGUGCCCCUUGGGAACCACUGCCUGGACCCUCUGACUUCCACAUCCCAAAAGAUGACCAGUUGUCCCUCGACAGUGAUGUGGCUGCCCUCUGGCUGACAGAGGAUGAGGUGAGCGCCACAGGUGGCAGGGACCCCAUCACCUCUUGCCAGUGCCCACCGGACCCCACCACGUCUGACCUGGAGCUGCUGCAAGGGCUCCGGGCACUUGGCAAGAGCCGCGGUCCCAUCACGUCCUUCACCCGGCCAUACUACCUCCAACCACUAGAAGAAGCCCAGGCUGCUCGUGGCCUAGAAUUCUCAGGGCACAGCCCAGAGCUGGCCAAAGCCCUGCGGACCGGCCGUAUCCCAGAUGCCCAGGCAGAUGAGGAUGCACUUGCCAAGCAGUUUGAGCGGCCAGAACCCACCAGACGGUGGCGGGAGGGGGUCAUGAAGUCCAGCUUCACAUAUCUGCUGCUGGACCCCAGGAAGACUCAGAACCUUCCAGCCCGAGCCUUCUCACUGACCCUGGCUGAAUGCCUUCGAAUUUUUGUCCAUGCCAUCUUCUACGUGGGCAAGGGAACACGGACCCGGCCGAAUGUCCACCUCUGGAAGGCCCUUAGCCACCGAGGGUGGCCAGGAAAACAGGCCUGCCCCAAGGUGCGCCAGAUCUUAGACAUCUGGGCCAGUGGUCGCGGUGUUGUCUCCCUGCAUUGCUUCCAGCAUGUGGUUGCUGUGGAGGCUUACACUCGAGAAGCAUGUCUUGUGGAUGCUCUAGGGAUCCAGACGCUGACCAACCAGAAGCAAGGACACUGCUAUGGAGUGGUGGCCAGCUGGCCACCCACCCGGCGCCGCCGCUUGGGGGUGCAUCUGCUGCACCGUGCCCUCCUUGUCUUCCUGGCUGAGGGUGAGCGAGAGCUAUGGCCCCAGGACAUCCAGGCCCGUGGCUGAGCACUGGGGAAUUGGCCAUCCAGCCUAGGUCGAGAUCAGGGUGUUUGAAUGUUCCAGCUGCCCCGCGCUGAGAGCAGCCGCCCAUCUCCAGCUCCAGAAGGCUGGUGGGGGAGCAGCAGGACAAUCUCUCCCUCGGGCUGAAGGAGGAUUUUAUUACAGAUGAAACUGCUGGAUAGGUAGUGAGCUCCCUGUCAUGGGUGGAGAAUAAGGGGAUGUGGGAGGAGAACAAGUAGACCAGAAGGUUCUUUGGAACACUCUGGUGCUUUGAAAUAUGCCAGUGCUUUGGCAGUUUGGUCCUGUUUGGGCAAACAGAGUCCAUUUUUAUCUCCCUGACACAGGGGACCCACAAUGUAGGCUGGGCUGGGGGCUUCCUCAGCCACAUGAAGGGAAUCUGCCCAGCUCAAGAGUUAGGUUUCGCUGCUUCCCAGCUGUGGGACCUUGGACCAGCAAGUUCUCUGUCUGAGCCUCACUGUCCUCAGUUGUACACAAUGGGGAAAGUGCGAGGUUCUACCUCAGGGGGUCACUGAGGAAAUCAGAUUAAACCGUCAUGGGGUAAAGUGUUCGGCUCAGAGCCCUACUGAGCCAGAGGCAGCCCUGCAGGCGGAAAUUCUCUGGAGGAAGGCGGCGGGUGUCGGGAUGUUCUCGAGAUACCGGGGAUGUUCUCGAGGUACCGACUUGUGUAUUGAGGGGUGGGCAGAGCUGGGGAGGUCAUCGCGGUGUGGGUGUGAGACACCAGCUCUCCUUGGCAUCACUGUGUGACUGGAGCCUCCUGGUGUUGCUUCUCUGAACCUGUUUC